AUGGGCUCCACCAGCAGCGACCUCAAGGCCCCUCGUGGCAAGCCGGCGCCCUCGCUGCUCGACGGCCGCAUCUGGGUCGACGGCUGCUUUGACUUUUUCCAUCACGGUGCGCUCGCCUCCCCCGGUCGAGCCGGACGGCCGCUGACGGAGCUUCGAGGCAGGCCACGCGGGCGCCAUCGUGCAGGCGCGUCAGCUCGGGGACGAGCUCUACGUCGGCGUGCACUCGGACGAGGACAUACUGGCCAACAAGGGCCCGACGGUGAUGAAUCUCGAGGAGAGGUAUCGAUCGAUCCCGACGGCGUCUCGUCGCGUCACGUCAUGAGCGCCGGCCGCUUCAAGAUGGUCAAGCGCUCGCCGGGCAUCUCGACGACGGACCUCGUCGGCCGCAUGCUGCUGUGCACCAAGACGCACCACAUGCACUCGCUGCGGGACGUGCUCGCGGGCGACGAGGGGUCCGGCUCGGGCGAGGAGCGGCGGGCGGCGGGCGAGGCGAUGCUCGAGCGCAUCCGGCUCUACGCCACGGACGAGACGGCCAAGGCGCCCGGCGUCGACGUCUGGUUCUGGACGGCGUCGACGACGGACGGCGACGGCGGCGGCGCCUUUGACCGGCUGCUCGGCGGCAUCGGCCCGCGACGGGGCCAGCGUAUCGUCUACGUCGACGGCGGCUACGACCUCUUCUCGAGCGGGCACAUUGAGUUUCUGCGUCGCGUCCACGCCGCCGAGGAGGCGCUCGCCCGGGCCGACGGCUGGUUCGCGGCGGCGGCGACGGAGGCGCGCAAGGCGGGCAACGGCGGCAAGGACUACGGGCCGGCCUUUGUCGUCGCCGGAGUGCACGAGGACGGCGUCAUCAACGAGUGGAAGGGCGUCAACUACCCCAUCAUGAACAUGCUCGAGCGCGGCCUCUGCGUGCUGCAGUGCAAGUUUGUCGACGCCGUCGUCUUCGGCGCGCCCUUUGUGCCGACCGGGGCCUACCUCGCGUCGCUGCCCUUUGGAGGCGCGCCGGCGGCCGUCUACCACGGGCCGACGGCCUUUAUGCCGCUCACGUACGACCCCUACACGGCGCCGCGGGCGAUGGGCAUCUACCGCGAGAUCGGCGCGCACCCGUACGCGGGCGUCAACGCGGGCCAGAUUGUGCAGCGCAUCCUCAAGAGCCGCGACCUCUACGAGGCGCGGCAGCAGGCCAAGGGCGCCAAGGCGGCGGCCGAAUCGGCGUCUCGGGAACGCGAGCUGCUCGAGGAGACGCAGCGGGCCGAGGAGGCGGCGGCGUGA